AUGAAACUCGCAGUCACAUUAUUGGCAUCAAUCUUGUUUGCUUGCUCGGUUACUACAGCCAAACCAGUCAAUCCCAGGAAAACUACAAGUGCAACUACAAGUGCUGAAGCUAGUACUUCAACCGUCAUUCCCAGUGCAACUAAAAGUACUAAAUCUAAGCAUCAUGUACUUUCUUAUAAAGGAUCUACAUUUUCAGUUAAUCUUGGUAAACUCUCAAAGGAUGAUGUGAAGUUGAUCAAAGAAUAUCUAGAAAAGGAUCAAAAACGUGAAGAGGUAAAGAAAGCUCGUGACUCGGCCAAAUCUGAAGAGCUCAAUCAAAAAGAAUUGGUAGAACUCCUGCGUGAAGAGAAUUACGAGCUGUCACUAAAAUAUCCGAACACGGAUGAUCCAGAGUAUCAAGAAAAAAGUGAAAUAAUUAAUCAGAAGCUUAAUGAAGAGAACGAAAAAUUAUUCAGCCUUCAACAAAAGCGUUUGAAACUCGAUGGCAAUCUUUAUUACGCUGAUGAUCUGGUGCUUGAUUCAGCCAGAAAAAAACUUGCAGAGCGCCUGUUUCAAAAUGGUCCGAGUACAACAUCACUUUAUUCUCAAAUCGGAUUUAUGAAAUCAAAUCCCAGUUUUGUUAAAAAUAUCUAUCAAUCUCUUAUUCUCCGACUAAACAAACAGUCAAGAUUCAAGAAAGCCUUUACUAGUGGAACCCAGAACAAAUCAAAACAUCAUAAAAGUCCAUCAUCAUCAAGCAAAACGUCUACAGAUCAACCCACUCAAACAUCCAGUACACAAAGAGCUUCCAGAUCCCGUUCUCGUUCUCAUUCUCGUUCACGAAAAACUUCCAGAUCUUGUUCUCGUUCACGGAAAGCUUGUUCCAAAAUGAAAAAUAACCUUGGAUCAGGCUGGAAUCAACUUGAAAAUGAAGAUUCAGAUUCAGAUUGA